AUGGAUGUAGAAUACGUUGUGAAUAAAGGACAGGACAGAAGACAGAUAUACAACCAUGGGUUGAGAUAUGAUACUAUAUCUUCAAGUGGUUCUAAUGGAGCUGUUAUUAACUAUGCACCUACUAAUCUCACUGACAAAGAAAUCACAACAACGGAUAUGUAUCUUCUAGACUCUGGAGGACAAUAUUUAGAUGGGACAACAGAUGUCACACGGACCUUUCACUUUGGAACCCCUACAGACUUUGAAAAGGAAUGCUACACAGGCGUCUUGAUGGGAACAGUUGAUCUCGCAAGUGUUAAAUUUCUGAAAACUAGUUUUGGACCCUAUGGUCGUGAACUUGACAUUUUGGCCCGUCGUCCACUCUGGAACGUCGGACUUGAUUACAGACACGGAACAGGCCACGGUAUCGGAAUGUACUUAGGUGUUCAUGAAGGUCCAGCACGUAUUGGUAUGAAUGGCAGACAACCUUCGUAUGAUUCGCCAAUAGAAGAGGGUCAAUUCUUUUCUGAUGAACCUGGAUACUAUGAAGACGGGAGCUUUGGUAUACGGUUAGAAAGUAUAAUGGUAGCCAAGAAGUUUGAUUUGAAGUACAAAUUUCCUAAUUCGGAAUUUCUUGGAUUUGAAACAAUCACUAUGGUGCCAUUUGAACCACACCUUAUAAAGUAUGGCAUGCUGACCAAGGAUCAGACCGAGUGGAUUAAUACCUAUCACAAAACAGUGCAGAAUACCAUAGGUCCAUUGUUGAUGAAGAAUAACCGAGAGGCUUAUGACUGGUUAGAAAGAAGAACAAGGGAGAUCACUCACAGUGUAAAUACAGCGACCAAAAACAUUCAUAAUUCUGUAUCUAUCUUAACGAUGUAUAUAUCGUUCUUUGUAUUACUCAUAACAUGA